UCUACCGAUGAGUGCAAAGAAUGGUUAAUCGGCGAGGGCGUCAUCGCCUUCCCUUAUCCAGACACAGAAAAUCCUCCUUUUUCUCAAUCACUUUCUACGUGAUCCUCAUUUUUUCACUCUCAAUCUUCACUUUCCUGCUCUACAGCAGCUACGUGUUGCAAGAGGAAAACAAGGUGCCGCUUCUGAGAGUUGAGAAGCCCAAAAUCAACAAGUUAUUAGAUGAUCAACUUUGGAAAACUCCUUCUGGUCUUGGUUUGCGGCAGUGUGUCAAGCGAACAAGUAGAUAUGGAGCUACUCCAGUCUCAGAUCACUAUAUAACUGUAAAAAGUAAUGGAGGACUAAAUCAAAUGCGCACUGGGAUAGCUGAUAUGGUGGCUGUGGCACGCAUUAUGAAUGCUACACUAGUGAUUCCUCAACUUGACAAGAGUUCAUUCUGGCAGGAUAGCAGUACAUUCUCCAAUAUAUUCGACGAAACCCAUUUCAUCAAAUCCUUGGAAAAGGAUGUGAGGAUUGUGAAAAGGCUUCCUAAAGAAUUAGAAUCUCUACCUCGUGCUAGGAAACACUUCACCUCAUGGGGUGGGUUGGGCUACUAUGAAGAAAUGACUACAUUAUGGAAGGAAUAUCAGAUAAUUCAUGUUGCAAAAUCAGAUUCUAGACUUGCAAACAAUGAUCUGCCCCUUGACAUUCAGAGAUUGAGAUGCCGUGCUUUGUAUCACGCUCUUCGUUUUUCUCCAUCUAUUGAAAGUCUAGGAAAGAAGCUCGUGGAGCGGCUGCGAUCACGUGCUCAAAGAUACAUUGCCCUUCAUUUGAGAUAUGAGAAAGAUAUGCUGUCUUUUACUGGAUGUACUUAUGGUCUUACUGUUGCAGAAUCAGAGGAGCUCCGAACAAUGAGAGAGAAAACAAGUCACUGGAAAGUGAAGAACAUUAACCCCACAGAACAGAGAGAUGCUGGUCUCUGCCCUUUAACUCCGAAGGAGGUCGGGAUAUUUCUUAAAGCUCUUGGCUAUCCACCAUCUACCUUAAUAUAUAUUGCUGCUGGAGAAAUAUAUGGUGGUGACUCGCACCUUUCGGAGCUCACUUCCCUAUUUCCUAACAUUGUUUCCAAAGAAAUGCUCGCAACCCCAAAAGAACUGAAAGAUUUUUCCAAUCAUGCAUCACAAACUGCAGCCCUAGAUUACAUAAUCUCCAUAGAAAGUGACAUUUUCGUCCCUUCCCACUCGGGUAACAUGGCAAGAGCUGUUGAAGGUCAUCGCCGAUUCUUAGGACAUCGCAAAACAAUCACUCCGGACAGGAAAAGCCUAGUUCAAUUGUUUGAUCUAAUGGAGGCUGGGCAGCUUGAAGAGUCGUCUCUGUCUCUCCCUGUGAUGCAAUUGCAUAGACAAAGGUUCGGUGGACCUCGGAGGAGAGGAAGCGGCCCUCCUGGAAUCAAGGGCAGAGUGCGACUGCGGCUGGAGGAAUCCUUUUACCAAAAUCCAUAUCCAGAAUGUAUAUGCAAAUCAUAAGGUGGAAGCAGCGACGGAGCCAGCCAGCAUAGGCCAAGUCAUCGCUCCAGCAGGGGGCUUGGUCAGUGCCAGACCUCGGCGGAUCGAGGUGGUGUCGGGGGAGAAGAAAUGGAGCUUUUAGGAGUUUUAGUAGAUGGAGAAGAAAGAGAAACUUUAUAUAUUAAACGAAUUAAUUUUAACCUGAUGCAAAGUGACAUUUUUUGGCUAAUUGAGGGAGAAACGUUAAGUUCACACUAAUACUAAUUCUUUGUUUCUAUAAAUAUCCUUCUUACUUGUCAUUGUAGCUUCUUACCUUUUUUUAGACUUGAACAAUUGUAGUAUUCCAUUAACAAAUCUACUGUAUGAUCGACUUCUUCUAUAGGAAUUAUUAUUUGUUACUGUUA